UGUCAUCGUCUUUCUGAUUCAAAUCUCGGCCCCAAGCCCAACACAGGCGAAGCUAAAAGCAGCUGGCAUCAGCCAUGUCAACCUUAUCUUCACCAUUAAAUCUCACUCGCUUCUCUCUCCUCCUCCUCCUCCUCCUGUUAGCCUUUGACGCCAUCUCUCCCGCCGCAGCAACUGAUCACAUUGUCGGUGCCAACAAGGGCUGGAAUCCGGGGAUCAACUACACUCUCUGGGCUAACAACCAUACUUUCUUCGUCGGCGACCUUAUCUCGUUUAGAUACCAGAAGAAUCAAUACAAUGUGUUUGAGGUGAACCAAACAGGAUAUGACAAUUGUACCACAGAAGGAGCAGUAGGAAACUGGAGCAGCGGGAAGGAUUUCAUUCCUCUCAACAAAGCCAAACGUUAUUAUUUCAUUUGUGGCAAUGGACAGUGCUUUAAUGGUAUGAAAGUCUCUGUUCUUGUCCACCCUCUGCCUCCGCCACCUUCUGCUUCUGUCUCUGCAAACUCUUCCUCUAUGAAUACCGCUGUAUCAAUGGUUUUGCACAAGGGACAGGUUGGUCUCAGCGCUAUAGUUGUGGCAUUUGCUUUAACUUGGUAUGGACAUGGGUGGUUCUAGUGAUCCUGGUCUUAAAUGGUCUUUUGCCUGAAAUCAAUUGAAGUGUUUUGGGUUCAUUUCACCAAGUGUGCUAGCUAUCUUCAUUUCGUUUGUUCAUUAGCAUGAUUCGGCUUAAUAUUGUAUUAGUGAAGUUUCUAAUCCAACUUCAUUCUGCUUUUUCAAGGAUGUACCAUUUUCUUGACAAUGAGAAGUGUUUGAUUUUUAUGAAAAAUAGGUUGCGGAGGAAUUUAUAGAGAUUUGUUGUACUGAAUGGAGUUCUUGAUCUGACUUCAUUCUUCUUCUUCAAGCAUGCGCAAUCUUUGUUUCUUGACAAUGAAAAGUGUUGAUUCAUAUGAAAGGAA